UGGGAGAGAUGGUACAGCCUGCCAGCACAGUUCUUGGAGCACAAGCAUUGAUUCAGUUGUUAGCAGUCACCUCUCUCCUCUCUGUCCUCUCUCUCUCUCUUUCUCUGUCUCUCUUCUUCUCUCACUCUUCCCUCUCUUUCUGUCUGAGUUGGAGGAAGGUCCGGUAGAGAAGGAUUUUUCCGCUGUGGGCAGCUGCCUCUUUGUGAGUUUCCAGCUCUGCGAGCGACUGGUAUGACCCUCUUCAGGAGCGAGCACUCCAGUCUGAAACACAUAAGCAUGAACGGUGAGAGCAGGUCCAGUCGACCCCGGGCAGGAAGCAAGAGGUCCAGCAGUGAGAUGUACAGAUCUGACCAGGACCUGGACUACGACUGCUACCCAGAACAGCUCUAUGACAGAGUCUUCGAUUACCAGCGUGUUCCUGUCUCCAUGGCAACCAUCUCACGAGACGUCACCCCUCCCAAACGCCCCCGUUCCUCCUCUUCAGUGCUCCACCGCAGCAGCAGAGAGCGCUUCCAGCUCAGGCACAGGUCCAGGAUCAGUGGGAGCAGCUCCAGCACGUCAAAGUUGAGAAUGGAGGAGUUGCAGAGUAUAAAGAAAGAGCUGACUGUGAUUAAGGUCCAGAUUGACGAACUGCUGGACAGUCUAGAUGAGAUGGACAGACAGAGGACAGAUCCCUCGGGUAUGGAUCACGAGGGCAGUGUGACGCGCUCCCCGCACCCUGGUUCAGGAGGCAGCGCCGCCUGCUCCCCCCAGGUCCCCUCCCCCUGUGGCCGGCCACGCCGAGACAGAGAGAGCCCCGAGCCCGGGGAGGCCAGCGAUGACAACAGCUCCCAGAUGACCUACCACAGCUCCGACUUCGAGUACAUGUGAGGGGCGAUGGAGUGAUGGAGACGGGUGGAGCCCAUAGGAUGAGCCACUAGCGGAGAGGGGACAGAGAGAUGAAGGGGAGAGGGUGACACUGGAGGUUAUGUCCAACUGAGCAGUUACUAUAUGAAGCUCUGCACUGACGGCUGGAAGUUUUAGGAUGACACGUCUCUGUACAGCCCUGGUCACCAGCACUAUUUGAUUUUCUGAUGCACUGCAUCAAAUUUCGUGAAAAUAUACCUGAUUAAAAAAGCAUUUAAAUAAUAAACAGAAAUGUUAUACCGUACAAAAUAAAUCCUGGUAUUAGGCCUACUCCUGAAAGAAGAAUGUGUUAUUCAGUAGACCCCGACAAAAGUUGAGACUCAAAUCUCAGCACUAGACAUAGAGACAUGUUAUCAUGUUAGGGGGCUAUGUGAAGCUUGUUUAUAUUUCUUGAGCUCUUCUGAAUGCCCACUAGAUGUUAAUGCUGAUGAUGGAGAACUUAAAACCAUCUUAUACAGUAUAUAAGUGAUUAUAGAUCAAAAGGGGGAAAUGCUUCUGUUUUUUGCGAAAGGUGACAAACUUGUCAUUAGUCUAAAGGUAUAUGAAUACAUUUUCGAUUUUCCUUUGAGAGAAAACAAACUCGGUUAUCCAUCAUAACAACACACACACACACACACACACACACACACACACACACACACACACACACACACACACACCACCAACAACAACAAAAACAACAAUAAUGGCUUAUUCUCAGCACGGGCAGAAGACAAAAUGGGCAAAAUUAAAGUGUAUCUUUGUGUAAAGUUGUAAAGCUAUUGUAAAAUGCUUGUCUUUGAUCAGCUUAGCUUUAGAAUGCAAAUUAAAUCAAUAUGUUUCACAGCACUUGAUAUCAUUUAUAUGCCGUUUGGUGACAGUGAUCAGUUAGAAUACAUUUAUUUCGUUUAUAAUCAUAUGAGAUUGAAUGUAUAUGACUGUAAAAGACUAAUAAAGGUGCUUUCAUACUUCAUAAACGAA